GAACCUUGUUCUUGACAUUUAGUAUAACCUCAAACUCCCUUUUUUUCAAAUAUGUUUAUUCAUCAUUAGAGACUUUCUGAAAAUGUCAUCCAAAAUUGAAUUUGCAGUACAAAUGACAUGCACGUCAUGUGUGAAAGCAGUAAGGGAGAGCCUAGAUAACAUUCCGGGAAUAUCGAAUGUCGAUAUCAGUCUGGAAAAGAACACUGUAGUCGUGGACACCACCCUUACAACAAAUGAGGUACUUCGACAUUUACAAAGUAGCGGUAAACAGGCUGUAGUAAAAGGUCAUGCGGGCUCCUUAGCCGCAGUUGCAAUUCUCGACGUAUCUAAGCAUAUUCAGGGAGUCGUUCGAUUGGCACAAAUUAAUCCGGAAACGUGUAUAGUUGACGGGACUGUAGACGGUUUAAGACCAGGCGAGCACGGCUUGUUUAUUCACGAAAGCGGCGAUUUAUCUAAGGGUUGUGACAGUAUUGGGGAGUGUUACAUCCCAAGUUACUUUAAACCAAGUGAAUUGAACAGACUGUAUGGUAACUUGGGUACUAUAACUGCGGAUGACCAUGGUAGAGCGGAGUUUCGUUUCGAGGAUAAAGUUAUUGACCUUUCCAAUAUUAUCGGUAGGUCACUAGUAAUUACAGAAAACCCGGCAGGUGAAAAUGUUGGAAAGCGGCUUACAUGUGGCAUAAUUGCCAGAUCGUCUGCGCUAUUUCAGAACUCGAAGACUAUUUGUGCAUGUGAUGGUGUGUCAAUUUGGGAUGCAAAUAAUAAACCAAAGUCAACAUUGUGAAUUGAUUGUAAAAAUUGUUAUCAUUCCAAAAAUAAAUUACUUUGAUUACU